AUGAGCAAAAUGUCACUAAAGCUCAUCUGCUGUUUCUUCUGCGCUCUGAUUGCACCAAAUCUCACAGGUGAAGAUGCUUUGUUGCCAGCACCUCAGAAUAUCUCUAUUCUUUCUACCAACAUGAAACACUUCUUAACUUGGAGUCCUGUGAUCAUCCAGGGAGAAACUGUGAGAUACUCUGUUGAGUUUCAGGGCGAGUAUGAACGAGAGUAUGCCAAUGAGAGCUGGAUUCCCAUCUGUGAAUGUUCACUCAUCACAGCCACAGUGUGUAACAUCACAGAUGACAUCUCAGCCACUGUGGCCUAUAACCUGCGUGUAAGGGCAGACAUUGGUGUUGGAAGAUCAGAGUGGGGCACCCUGGAAGGUUUCUUCAAUCGCAUCACAACUUCCCUGACCCCACCUCUGAUGAAGGUCAUAGCAGAUGGGUAUCAUUUACUAGUGGAGCUGGAAGACAUGGGGCCUGCCUUUCAGUUCUGUGUUCUCUAUUGGAAGAAGGGCCAGGAGAGUAGGAUGCAACGGAAGGUGGUGAAAGAGGUCGGCUCCGUGGUUCACCUGGACACCAUGGAGGCAGGACCUGAUUAUUGUGUAAAAGCUCAGACAUACGUCGAGGCGAUCAACAGAAGCAGCAGCUUUAGCCAGACACAGUGUGUGAGGGCACAAGGUGGCAGAUCCGUGUGGCUGGUUACUGCCCUCAUCUCCUCUGCUGGCUUUGCUGUGGCUGCUUUGACCCUGCCUUUCCUUACCUGGAAAACAAGUAAAGCCUUUCAGUAUUCUUUUUUUCAGUAUUCCUGCUUCUCUGUUGCUGUCCUGCCAGAAACACUGAAAGUAUCAGAGCCCCCCACCCAGCUGAUACUGUGUGGCAGUGAAGAAGCUGAGCAAUGUGACCUGACCGUCCGUGUGAUGCCCACAGAAGAAGUUCUCCGACUGUGGAUUCAAGAAACACUUUAG